GGGGAAAAAAAAAAAGAAAAAAGGAAAAGAAAAAGAAAGAAGAGAUUCUGCUGGCGCCUUUUCGUCGAACCCAGCCCCCAAAUUUCUUCCAAGAUUCCCCCAUUUUCACCGCCAAAAAUUCCUCUUCUGUUUAUAUGCAAUAUAUACAUAUACUUAGAGCUAUAUUAUUCGCCCUUUGACUUGCAGUUUUUCAUUUUCUCUAAUGGCUUCGGAACAGCAGUUAUCUGUAAUUAAGGGCUCGAAAGUGCUGAUGGUAGGCGCUGGUGGCAUAGGCUGCGAGCUUCUCAAAACCCUCGCUCUCUCUGGCUUCCAAGAUAUUCAUAUUAUUGACAUGGACACCAUCGAAGUGAGCAACCUAAAUAGGCAAUUCUUGUUUAGACAGUCCCAUGUUGGGCAAUCCAAGGCCAAAGUUGCUCGGCAUGCUGUAUUGAAAUUUAGGCCCGACAUCAGCAUAACACCAUACCAUGCCAAUGUCAAAGACCCUGAUUUCAAUGUUGAUUUUUUUAAGCAAUUCAAGGUUGUUUUAAAUGGGCUCGAUAAUUUAGAUGCUAGACGACAUGUGAACCGCCUUUGCUUGGCAACUGGUGUACCAUUGGUUGAAAGUGGCACGACUGGAUUUCUAGGACAGGUUACUGUACAUGUAAAGGGCAGAACAGAGUGUUAUGAAUGCCAGCCUAAACCUGCUCCAAAAACUUACCCUGUAUGUACCAUCACCAGUACUCCAUCAAAGUUUGUUCAUUGUAUUGUAUGGGCAAAGGACCUGCUUUUUGCAAAAUUAUUCGGGGACAAAAACCAGGAAAAUGAUUUGAAUGUGCAUUCAAAAGAUGGUUCUAGCUCAUCAGAACAAGCAGAAGACGUUUUUGAACGGCGAAAGGGGGAAAACUCAGAAGAAUAUGGAAACAGAAUAUAUGAUCAUGUUUUUGGCUAUAACACUGAGUUAGCUUUGUCAAAUGAAGAGACGUGGAGGAAUCGUAACAAGCCAAGGCCUAUAUAUGUCAAAGACAUAUUUUCCUCUGAACUUGCCAGUCAAAAUGGAAAUCUGGACAAGAGUUCAAAUGGUGAUCCUCCUCCAUUGUCUGCAAUGGCAUCUCUUGGUUUGAAAAAUCCACAGGAUCUAUGGUCCUUAGAGGAAAAUUCUAAAGUAUUUCUUGAGGCUCUGAUGUUGUUUUUCUCAAAGCGAGAAAAGGAGAUUGGUAACUUGAGUUUUGACAAAGACGAUCAGUUAGCUGUAGAAUUUGUAACUGCUGCAGCAAAUAUCCGAGCUUCUUCGUUUGGGAUUCCCCUGCAUAGCCUUUUUGAGGCUAAAGGUAUUGCUGGCAAUAUUGUGCAUGCUGUUGCAACAACAAAUGCCAUAAUUGCUGGCUUGAUUGUGAUUGAGGCGAUCAAGGUGCUGCAACAUGACAUCAAAAACUAUAGGAUGACUUAUUGUCUUGAGCACCCUUCAAGAAAGAUGCUUAUUAUGCCAGUAGAGCCGUUUGAGCCAAACAAAUCGUGUUAUGUCUGUUCUGAGACACCUUUGGAUCUUGAAAUUAAUACACAUCGCUCUAAGCUGAGGGACGUUGUUGACAAGAUUGUGAAAGCAAAGCUUGGCAUGAAUUUGCCUUUGAUAAUGCAUGGAUCAGCCCUUCUGUAUGAGGUUGGUGAUGAUCUCGAAGAAGAUGAGGUUGCUAAUUAUGCAGCAAACCUUGAAAAGGUACUAUCUGAGCUUCCUACUCCGGUCACGGGUGGGACAAUUCUCACGGUGGAGGAUCUUCAACAAGAGCUGAAAUGCAGCAUCAAUAUCAAGCAUAGGGAGGAGUUUGACGAGGAGAAGGAACCUGAUGGAAUGAUUCUCUCAGGAUGGAUACCUCCUCUUGCAGCAGAAAAGAAUGGCAAGACAGCUGUUGACAAUGAAGUGAGCACAUCCAGUGCAUCUGAAGCUGUUCCCUUAUUGACUGAAGAUGACGACGAUUUGCGUAUCAUUCCAACAAUAACCGGGAAGAAAAGAAAGCUAUCGGACGUUUCCAGCGAGAGGAAGAAUAAAAGAAAAGCAGAAGAACCCAAUAGUAAGAACGAUGUUGUCAUGCUUGAUGAUGAUAAAUUCUGAUAUGAGCAAAGAAGAAGAGGGAGCAAUAGCUAGGUUUUUCCUUAAUUUUUAUUCCAUUAGAAUAUUUCACCCUAACUUUGUACACAACCGAGGAAGGUGAUUCUAGUAUUUAAAAGAAAAAUGAAACGUCAGGCAUGUUUUUGUUUAGAUAACUUAAAUUUUUUUUAUUUAAGGUGUAAUUUAUUCUAACUUUUAAUGGAUUGUGAGGAUCUGAGCAUUGUAACUUUUGGUAGCAGGAUUUUCUCAUGUUUGUGUACAAAAAUAUUGGCUGUUGGGGAUAAAAGUAUGGUUUGUGUUGGCAGUUGCA